GAACAUGCAAAAGAAGAAGAAAUUACGGAAGUAGGGCUUCCAAACAGAUUCCCAUUGGGGGGAGUAAAUCAAACUAGAUCGUUUCUUUUACUUAAAACGAGCUCGAUCUUGGACUAACUAUUGCUCAGUAUGGGCACCAGAGAUGACGAAUAUGAUUAUUUGUUCAAAGUGGUCCUUAUUGGUGACUCUGGUGUGGGAAAGAGUAACCUGCUAUCACGUUUCACUCGCAAUGAGUUCAACCUGGAAAGUAAGAGCACCAUUGGAGUCGAAUUCGCCACGCGCAGCAUUCAGGUGGAUGGAAAAACAGUGAAGGCCCAGAUCUGGGAUACAGCUGGCCAGGAGCGCUAUCGUGCCAUCACUUCAGCGUACUACCGCGGUGCAGUGGGCGCUCUCCUGGUCUAUGACAUUGCCAAGCAUCUAACUUACGAGAAUGUGGAGCGCUGGCUGAAGGAGCUGAGAGAUCACGCUGACAGCAACAUCGUGAUCAUGCUUGUGGGCAACAAGAGCGAUCUGCGUCACCUCCGGGCCGUUCCAACUGAUGAGGCUCGGGCUUUUGCAGAGAAAAACGGUUUAUCUUUUCUGGAGACUUCGGCGCUGGAUUCCACCAAUGUUGAGACUGCCUUCCAGACUAUUCUCACAGAGAUCUACCGCAUCGUGUCCCAAAAGCAGAUGUCGGAGCGCCAGGAAAGCGACAUGUCCCCCAGCAACAACGUGGUCAACAUCCAAGUGCAGCCCACUGAGAACAAACCAAAGAUGCAGUGCUGCCAGAACAUCUAGCUUAUCCCUGGCUCUUCCCACCCUUGCCUCCAAGACCCCAAUCCUGUCCCCCUUCUUUCAUUCUCCAUAGUCCCUUCAAGGCUCCAGGGCUGUGACCUGAACUUGCCACUACUUUUAACCGAUCUCUCUCCCCUGUCCCAACCCCCUCUGCCCUUUUGCCCCCAUCCUUCCAGUUAAUGUUUCAGUAUAGAGAGUUACAGCCCCCCCCUCAAGCUGAGCCGCUCUGUCUUUAGGCUCGUAAGGACAGAAGGCAGCAGGCAUUUCAUAUCACUUUAGAUUUCAUUCCAGUUGUUGCGCUGACAUGUCACAAAAAUGUCUUAAUAUAUGAAUGUGAUUUGUUUCCUUCCUCUUAUGUCUUUAUUCUUUGUCCGUUUCGAUUCUUCCACAUUUUUUCCUGAUCUUUUUCUGUAUUGCAUCAAAUAUCAACUACUAGUACAUAUGAAUAUAAAGCACAUGAAAGUAGAUGAGCUCCUGUCAAUGUAGACUCCCCUCUUUGCCACUUAGUGCAAUGUACUGUUUAGGAAACCACAUGCAGGAGUGUCAUGACCUUUGAUCCCAUUGCUGUGAACAUGACGCUAAGUGAAAUUUAGAGCCGUCAGUCCUCGUUAUGCUGUGGAGAGGACAGCAAGCUCGCCACAAACGUGUGGCCUCCUCACACGCCGUUACCAUCUCGUUUACAAAAGAAAGCAGGUUAGGGGCAGCUUUGCAUGUUUUGAAAAGAUGGCCAUAUGCAGUGCUGCAUGUUUUAUUAGUCAAGAGACACUCUGGGCUUUGCUAUCGCCUUGGACGUGUGCCACCUUGAAAGCUUGCCGUGUUCAUUUGUUUGCCCUCCUUCACAGACGCACUCAUGCUUGUGAGGUUGGGAACUUCUGUUCCGAAUUGAGGAACAGGGCUUACAUCUGUCACACAAUUGACAAUAACUAUGCAGGAACUAGCAUGCGGCUGUUCACAUGUUUUCGCUGGUUGCACUAGUUGAAAGAAUUCAAAUCACACUGAUGGAGGCUUGUGACAUCUUUCUGUGUUUCUCAAUGCUAAAACACGCGUGUGACCACAAAGCUAAGACAACACUGUUGGACUUGCUUGGUUGACCUUAGUUUUUUUUUUUUUACUAGCUUUAGUAAACAAGUGUAGUUUUCAAAACUCAACUCGUAUAUUAUUUUUAUAGGUGACACAACAUCUGAGUCUCAAAAGCUUUAUCCUUAAUUGCUUGAUCAAAAAUAGUGAAUCGUGGUAAAUGAUUUUGAGCACCAUUAAGUUCAUGACGUUAAGAGGAAAAGAUAUGGUGGAUUCAUCCAUGUGGUUGGCUGUUUUUUCUAGUGCCUACUUCACCGGUCACCUUUGCAACCCCCUUCCUCCUACACACACACACACAAGUGGUCUGCCCCCUCAACAUAUUUUCCCUGUCACAUAAAGCCUACUUUACACCAAGCUGCCUCUGACUUGAACACAAUGCAUGGCUUUUGGUGGGACUCCCCCUCCACACUCCCGCCUUCUGUUGCAAACAUCCGAUGUCCAUCGAAUCAGCUUAGCGUGCUAGGACGACAAGCUAAGUGUCAGUCCAACACUCCAGUGUUUAUUCAGCUUUGUGAUGAUUUGGCAGGCAUCUAUGCACUACCUGCACUCUGUGUAUGUAUGUGUGUGUAGAGGCAGAGUAUGGAUGGAUCAUUGGUUGGUUCCAGUGUGGUAGCUUGGCUGGCAGUACCAAUGGCGUUUCUUCGAACAGACGGCGCUGCCAACCAAGCUACUCCACACUCGCAAGCUGGCAGUUUCAUGAGUUGAGGUGAUUCCUUUCAUGAUCAAAAAAUUAUUCCAAAUAUAAUAAUCCAUUGUUUUGUGUCUUUUAUUUGUCAUUUUUAUAUGUUUUGAAAUUCAUAAACUGACUGUAAUUCCAAUGUAAGAGUGAAAUGAUGUCAUUUCAAUUACUAUGAAGCGUUAAACGUGAGUGGCGGCUCAGAAUGAAUGGUUUUAUGUUUUGUACAGACUGAUAAAAUUGUACAAUUGUGUCUAUAUCUUAAGUUAUCAGUUCAUCUUAAUAAAGCGCACCAGUCAUAAACCUA